GCCGCCCAGAAGACGAGGAGGUUCAAGUAUUUCCACAGAUGUCGGCAUCCAAACGCCAACAACAAAGUUGAGGGAGCGAGAAGCCGUAGUUCAUGGCCAGCAAGCUGCACCUGAAGACGCCUCACCGCUUCUAAACUCGCCAUGGAUGUGCUGAAAUCAGCCAGAAGGGCUUUCAUUCGCAGCCCCAGCCUGACCAAACAGUCCUGGAGCUCAGGCAAACACAAAAAAUUGCCUGAGAACUGGACUGACACAAGAGAGACUCUGCUGGAGGGAAUGACCUUUAACCUUCGACAUCUGGGGAUGACACUGGUGGACCAACCUAAAGGAGAGGAGCUCUCAGCUGCUGCUGUCAAGAGGAUUGUUGCCACGGCCAAAGCCAGUGGGAAGAAACUGCCUAAAGUGGCCCUGAAAGUGUCUCCUCAGGGAAUCAUCUUGUACGACAGUGUGUCAAACCAGUUGAUCGAGAACAUUUCCAUAUACAGGAUAUCAUACUGCACAGCUGACAAGACGCAUGACAAAGUGUUUGCUUUCAUCGCCCAGAACCAACAGAAUGAAACUCUGGAGUGUCACGCAUUCCUCUGUGCCAAACGGAAAGUGGCCAAGGCGGUCACGCUCACGGUGGCUCAGGCCUUCAGAGUGGCCUUCGAGUUCUGGGAGGUUGCCAAAGACGAGAAAAAAUGGGAUUCAGCUGGAGAAACAUCCAACAGCUCACAGUCUGACCGAUCUGUCAGCCUGACCAGCCUGAAAGUAGGAGCUGCAGCAACAGAGAACCUGUUGGAAAUCGAGGACUACACAUCGGCUUUGGAAAAUGUUGACAACCACACCGAACCCAACAACAACACCACCACCCUAUGGGAGAUGGAUGAUGGUCUGGAAGAGGCUUUUUCAAGCUGCAGUUUGGAUAGCUAUGAAUACUCUCCAGACUCGCUGAGUCUCGUACUAACCCCCAGGUCCUGGACAUUGGGCUGAGCUCUGAGAGUGAAUGGGAUGAAACCAAUGGAAACUCGCCAAAUGCCAAUGAGCUCUGCGGCUUCUGAGCACAGAUCCAGAGCCUGCGUUCAGUCUGGUCCUGCUCAUCCCUGUUAUCACCACACCAAAGCAAUAUCAGAUGAGUCUAUUUUUGCUAAAGGAAAAAAAAGUGACACUGCGCUGAGUUUACAUGCUUUAUUUUUAUCAAUCAAGUUGUAUACAGAAUAUAUGUAGAUACCAGAGUCAGUAUUGUUUUUCAUGUAUGAAAAGGAAAAAAGUUUAUGGUAAAUAUAACAUUGUGUAUAUACAGGUGCACUAUAGAGUUAUUUUAGAGUCUAACCCUGUAGUUUGCUGCUUCAAGAUUCAUUUAUCACCACAAUGCCCUUCAUUAAUAAUAUGGAAAUCAGCGUUAAAGUCACAGUACUGCUUGUCAUUUGAGGAUUGUGAGUUGUGUGUCAGUAUUUACUUGUAUGUUUUUUUUCUAUUUAAUCAGAAUUGUAUUAUUGUUAUAACACCCUAAGGGGCCAUAUAAUAUUUCUCUAAAAAGUCUAAUAAAAGUGUUAAUAUUA